AUGAACUUGACCGAUAGACUUUGUUCGCCCGCAUACGCCAAGGGGGUUAACAUUUUCCUCACCCUGGCACGAAACCAUUCCCGGGGAAUUGAAGGCAUUCGGUGUCCAUGCCGUGAAUGUCGUAAUAUGUUCUUCUUGCCUAUAUUUGAAGUUGAGAGUCACUUGUUCAUUAAAGGGAUCAAUCCAAAUUAUACCCAUUGGAUAUUUCAUGGGGAGGAGGAAACACGGAGUUUUAAUGAUGACGACGACGAUAGUGUUGCUGAUUAUGCUGACGAGUACAUCGAUGACAUGAACCAUUUGUUAGAUGUCAUCCAGUCAGGCACAUUCGUUGAUGUUCUCCAAGAUCAUGCCAAUCCAUUGCCAACUGGUGGAUCAAUACCACAUCCACCCCCAAGUUCAUCUUUCGACCAGCUACUAGAGGAUGCCCGACGUCCACUUUUUUAUGGCUGUACAAAUUUCUCAAAACUAUCAUUCAUUGUGAACUUGUUGCGCAUUAAGACACUCGGUGGGUGGUCAAUAAAGUCGUUGAUAUGCUACUUAACCUGUUGCGGUCUGCUUUUCCUGAUGCUAAAUUGCCAGUCAUACGAGGAGUCAAGGUCAUUGGAGCGGAGUCUGAGUUUCAACUACUACAAAAUUCAUGCAUGUCCCAAUGACUGCAUCUUGUUCUGGAAGAAAAAUGCUGAUCUUAAUGAAUGUCCUAUUUGUAAGGCUUCAAGGUGGGUGCCUAAUACUCACAAGGCACGUCUUAUCCCUCAAAAAGUGUUGCGGCAUUUUCCUUUGAAGCCAAGAUUGCAACAUCCCUUCAUGUUUGCAAAGAUAGCAGGUGAUAUGAGAUGGCAUAAAGAACAACGGCCGAUCGAUGAGGCUAAUAUGAGACAUCCUGCAGACUCAAAGUCUUGGAAGAGAUUUGAUGAAGAACAUAGUUGGUUUGCUCAGGAUGCUCGCAAUGUAAGGCUUGGGAUGGCAAGUGACGGUUUCAAUCCCUUCAACAAUAUGGCUAAACCAUAUAGCAUUUGGCCAGUAACCCUAGUCCCAUAUAACUUGUCGCCGUGGUUGUGCAUGAAAGAUCAGUUCUUCAUGAUAUCCCACAUUAUUCCUGGGCUAAAAUCUGCAGGUAAUGACAUCGAUGUUUACUUGCAACCGUUACUCGAUGAACUGUUUGAAUUUUGGGAACAUGGGGUACCUACGUAUGAUGCCUCCACAAAGGAAACGUUCAUGUUGCAUGUUGCUUUAAUGUGGACAAUCAAUGACUUCCCCGCGUACGAGAAUCUUUUUGGCUGGUCAACAAAAGGGAAAUUGGCAUGUCCAUCCUGUAAUGAGGGCACAGACUCCAAUUGGUUGAAGUAUGGUAGAAAACAUUGUUAUAUGGGACAUGUGGAGAUGGAGAAAACAUUUGUUCAAUGGUAA